CCCCGCCCCGCCCCCCCCCGCGCAGGGGCCGCCGCCGCGCGGGCAGAGCCUCAGGCGAGGGGGGUCGCCAUGCGGGUGGCGGCGGGGCCGUCGCGGGCUGGUGGUCGCUGAGGCGCGGGGGGCGAUGGCCGAGUCGCUGCGGGAGGAGGCGCCCGGCGGGCAGGAGUCGGAGGCCGAGCUGUCGCAGCGUCUCGCCCGCACCAAGGCCCGCUCGUACGGCAGCACGGCCUGCGUGGCGGCGCCGCUGGCGGAGCGGUACGUGGAGCACCGGAUGAGCGCAGGGGACACUUUGCAGGGCAUCGCCCUCAAGUACGGCGUCACGAUGGAACAAAUAAAGAGGGCAAACAAACUGUUCACUAAUGACUGUAUAUUUCUGAGGAAAACCCUGAAUAUUCCUGUUAUGUCAGAGAAACCAUUGCUGUUCAAUGGACUUAAUUCACUGGAAUCUCCUGAGAAUGAAACUGUUGACAGCUCUCCUUCUUGUGAUGAAGGACUAAUGACAGUUCAGGAUGAAAGCAGUUCUUCUCCCAGUCCUCAAGAACCUGACAAUCAGCCCACUGCACCAGAAGAACUGUCUGCAAAAGACUUCCUACAGAGAUUGGACUUGCAGAUUAAGUUAUCCAAACAAGCAGCCAGAAAACUAAAAGAUGACAAUGUCAGAGAGGAGGAGAAUGAGGAAGGUCCCUAUGCAACUUCUUCGUAUCACCAGUAGAAGACAGAUGCGAUGGCCUGAAAAUUUUCCUUGAAAUCGGUUCUUAAAGAACUAAAUGGUCAGUAAUUCAAACCCCAAGUCUUUUGGACUCGUCGUCUUGAUGUACUUAAAACAAGUCAUGAAUGGGUAAUUGCACUGAAAUUAUGACCUCUUUGCCUUCCAUAGGUUAACGUCCUUAUGCUAUAUCAACAAUGGGUUUAAGCCUUCCAAAAUUAGCAAUGGCCUUUAUACCCCUUCUGUGCAAACUGUAGCAUGGUAGCAACAAUAUAUCCUUGAGGUCACCUUUAUGCAGGAUGUUGAUCUUUAGUAAAGAUUUUGUAAAUACUUGUUAAAGUGAAAUUUGUUUUAAGUAUUUAAAAAUGUUAAAUAAGUUUGCUUGUAAAUGACAAACUAUGAGAAUAAUAGAAAUAUACUUUCUCUGCAAACACAGGCAAGUUUGCAGUGGAAGUUUUGUUUGCUUGCUUCAGAGCUGCAGAACUUGCCUCUGAACUCUGUGUGUGUCUGUGCGUGGUUAUGAUGUAUUCCUAGAAUGGGGAAUUCAACUCGGUUUGAGUAGUGAAAGCCUUUUAUGGUUAAACAGCUGUUUGCAAAUUGGAUUUCUGCUAAUAAAAGGGAAGAGUUACAGCAAGAGGUUUUUCCUUGUGAGAUAUGGCAUUGGAAUAUCAGAUGUGUGUUCUUGUGUGCAGUUAUCUUGUGUGUGGUUUUAAUUUAAUAAAAAAAUACUCAUGUGUCUGUUCAUAAUGAAUUCAGCUUGGGUCUAGUCUGGUCUUUGUGAAAAAUUGUUUGUCUGAUUACAUAGAAUCAUAGAAUCACCAGGUUGGAAGGGACCCACUGGGUCAUUGAGUCCAAUCAUUCCUAACACUCCCUAAACCAUGCCCCUCAGCACCUCAUCCACCCACCCCUUAAACACCUCCAGGGAAGGUGACUCCACCACCUCCCUGGGCAGCCUCUGCCAGUGCCCAAUGACCUUUUCCGUGAAAAAUUUUUUCCUGAUGUCCAGCCUGAACCUCCCUUGGCGGAGCUAGAGGCCAUUCCCCCUUGUCCUGUCCUCUGUCACUUGGGAGAAGAGCCCAGCUCCCUCCUCUCCACAACCUCCUUUCAGGUAGUUGUAGAGAGCAAUAAGGUCUCCCCUCAGCCUCCUCUUCUCCAGGCUAAACAACCCCAGCUCUCUCAGCUGCUCCUCAUAAGACUUGUUCUCCAGCCCCUCACCAGCUUCUUUGUUCUUCUCUGGAGACACUCCAGAGCCUCAACAUCCUUCUUGUGGUGCGGGGACCAGAACUGAACACA